CUUCGUGUGCUGACAUCUUCAGAGAAAGACAUCUCACUCUUGUGGUGAAUAGCAGAAGUCCAUUUACGAUAUGUCGAUAAAAAAAACUAAUAUUGGGAGGUAGAAGAAUGAUGAUCAGUCCAGUGAUUGACAGGAGUGAUCGAAUUGUUGUUACGAUGAGCUAAAUUAACAUAUCUUCUCCUCGAUUUUAAUGAAUUCCGGGUGUUGAUACCAUUAUAAUUCUUCAUUAUUAGCGUAUCAUAUUUUUUCGAGGUUAAUUCAUAUUUUAUUAUGAAAAUAAAUCAAAUGGUGAAACAUCGGAGCACAUGGUGAAUCGUUUCUGCUGGAAAUAAAGAUUCAUUGAGUUAUCGUCAAAGAAUGCAAGAGAGUGGACUCGUCUUAUCUGAGUAUGACGAAAUUAAUUCGUUGCUGUAUAAACCAAUUAUUGCCACUCAGCGAAUCAAAUACACCUGUAUCAAUGUCUCGAAGAAUCACAUUGUCCUCGGUUCCACGAGUGGGAGUCUGUACUUAUUCACCAGAGAGCCAUGUACUUUUCAACAAGUGAUACCAUUAUCGGAAGGCACAGUGAGCCACGUGCAGAUAUCUCCAGACCAAAAAACUAUUGCAUUGUCCACAAAACGUGGUAGUGUCUGUAUCAUCACCCUCAAGCCUUCAGCAAAGCUCGUCUCAAUUUCUAAGGAGCACAUCAAUGCAACCGUUACUUCCCUCUGCUGGAAUUCAAAAAGCUCCGAGAUCUACGUGGGGGACAACAAUGGUAAGAUCUCCACAAUCGUUCUCUCCAUAUUUACGGUUAACGGAAUGUUUCAAGCCCCCUCCUGCGCUCUCAUGCACCUGGAUUCGAGUAUCGUUCAGCUGGACUACAGCCUCCACUACCUUCUCGUGUCCACCCUAACUCGGUGCUAUAUAUGUGACACCACCCAGGAGCAGUUCAAACAGAUCGGCAAUAAAGCGAGAGACGGAGCCUUCGGGGCUUGUUUCAUAAGGAAGUGUCCAGUGGAGAUAGAAAAAAAUAUAUUCCCCUUGUCAGAGGGCGAGAGAACCCUGAAUAAAUCAGUCGGUUUGAAUUCCCUGAUGGGCCUAACCGAUGAUAAUCAGGAAGAGAAUCUUCUAAUCUAUUCAGCAAGACCGGGCUUGAGACUGUGGGAAGUUAACCUCAAUGGAACAGUUGUUAAAACUCAUCAAUUUAAAGAUGCCCUAGCAGUUCCCCCCUCCGAAAUUUACAAAUCAUCAAUCGUUCGAUCAAUUCCAACUACAAACAACGAACAAAAUGAACAAAAUAUCCUGAAUUUCUCUCACCUGUUUGUUAUAAGUAAAAGAUAUAUUCUGUCUCACACAAACACAUGUCUUUACAUAAUCGAUCCCACAAAUGCAGCAGUUGUACUGUGGACUGAUAAACUAGAUACCAUAGCAAUGGCACAAAUUAUUGACGAUAAAAUUUACUUAAUGAAUACAAAUGGUACAUUUCGCAGUCUAAUGCUCUCUUCAAUCGAUUACCUCAUCAUCAAACUUUUUGAAAUGAAACUUUACAAUGAUUGUUAUAACGCAUGCAUGACAUUUAACAGUGAUUUAAUUAAAUUAGUCGAGAGUAAUAAUCCAUUGAUGUUAGAGGAUAUCAAUGAUUGUAGUAAUGGCUUGAUUACUGUUCUCGAAUCAGUUAUAUCAGUGAUGCAAUCGAAUUUCAAUACUCAACCAAAGAGAUUAAAUUGCGGAAUUGUUGUUGUUAAUUCUGGUAAUUCUAUUUCAUUGACAAAUAAUGGAAAGUAUGAGGCGAAUUGUGAUUCGUCCUCAGACUCUGAGAUUGUUUGUAAGAGUGUGAUAAAAUCGAGGAGAAAAUUAGAGAUUAAAGUCACCGAUGAUAAAGAUAUUAAUGACCUUGAUAAUGAAUUUUCCGAUUUAAAUUUGUCAAGAAAUGGAGUGGAGUCACUAAAAAAAAAGAAGGGAGAUGAGGAAGAGUCAUCAGACUCUCGAAGAAAACAGAUCGAAUCAGCAACAGCGAGCAUUCAAUCAGAUAUUCAACCACUUUAUGCACUAAUAAGUACCUUAAAGCCUUCGAUGAUCCUAGAGGACUUAGAAGACACAAUUUUUAACAUAGUUAAGAGUAUACAAGAGAUUAAUUUUAAGUACGAGGAUAUUGUCGAGUUGAAGAUAUAUCUGUAUGAGGUUAUGAGGUCCAUUGAGAAGUUGUACUUCCACGCAUUGUUGGAGAGUGUGUCUCCGGAGAUGUUGACACCUCCAGGGGAUUCUGAUAACAGAUAUGUGGCUGAGGAAGUACUUAGAGCAUUUAUUGAUUUAAAUGGCUCUGACUACAGUGAAUGUAGGUGUGGAUUUCCCAAGUACAGAAGAUCAUCAAAACCAAAGUUUAUGAAUGUUGGUCAGUUUUUGAUGAGGGAAUUCAGUCAGAAAGGUGAUGAUAGUUAUGUGAAACUAUGUAAGAGCGUUCCUUAUCUUUGGCGAGAUUGUCUCAGAAUUUUUAUUGAUAAGGGAGAGAAAGUAGAUCAUCUUCUUCGUUUGUGCCUUCAAACUAGAGAUAAUAUUGUACUUUCGAUUAUGCUUCCAUUAAUUGGAGAUGAUUCCUGGGAUCUUAUUGCUGAGUGUGAUGAGAGAAUGAGAAUUGGCAGGUGUAUCUCGUGUGGGAGAGAUGAUGAGGGCCAGGGUGAGGGGGAGGAAUUGAGGAUUGACUGGAGUGGUGUAGCUCUCGAAAUACUCAAAGGACAAGGCAUGCAUGCUGCCAUAACAUUCCUCAAUGAUGUCGGGAGGAAGCUGCCUAGAAGUAAAUUAGAGAAAAGUAUUUUUCAAUCACUUAUAUGUACGAAACUAUUGAGUCAUCAUGGAUUUGAUCAGGUGGUUGACUUUGAUGGAAAUGGAAAGGCGGGGAAGGAGUACAGUUCAAUUUGCUCGAAAAAGGCUAGAGGGAUACUUGCAGAUGCUCUAAAGAAAGAUCUCAAUAGGCCAGUAAAUAAUAAUAUAUUCGGUAGUGGAGCACACCACUGGGGCAUGAUUUAUAAAUCAAGAACAUCUGUUUGUCCCUGCUGUACUCUCUCACUACAAACACCAGUCUUACUAGGAAAUAGUGGUAUAUCAAUAUUUCCAUGUGGCCAUGCUUACCACGUCAACUGUCUCAUACAAAAAAAAUUAACAAAAUGUCACCUCCAUUCAUACGAAUAAUAGAGAUGAAUUAUUGUAUUGGAAAAUUAUCAGAAUCAUAAAUACCGUUUUUAUCGCUCUUCAUUAUUCAAAUUAAAAUACAGCUCAAAUUAUUGAACCAAAAUCACAGAUAUAGUAUUGAAACUUUAAGUAAGUUAAUUGUAACUGACUCAUUCAUUAUUGAUCACUGACACUACAACAAUCUGUCGAUUUUGAAUAGAUUUGAAAAACAGGUGUUGAAAUUUCAUCAAAAUUUUCAGUACAAUAUUGUCUGUGCCAAAUUACCUCUUAAUCAAGAACCAUUGGUAAUUGAAUCAAUAAAUAAUUUAACAUCAAUUGUAAGUGACUUUAAGAUGAUAUUAAUUAUUGGUCGAGUAUGGCCUAAAUAUAAAUAAGUAGAUGAUUAGGAUCACUCGAAUGUACCUAUUGACUAUUGUUUUCCAUAGAGCACAAUUGUUAUCUUUUAUAAACAAUAAUUUUGAACUAAAUCCUAUGAUUCCUUCAUGACAGAAAUGACAAAAAUUAUUUAGCCCUUUUUUCGAUCAAUUUACAAUUUUGAGUCGAUUUAUAUUUAAAUUUCAGAUUUUUUAGAAUUACUGCGUUUGUAAGAAAAUAUAUUUCAUUAUUCUAGUCUUUAGUGCUUAGUUAUAAAAUUUCAUUAAUAAAAAUUUUUUGUUUUCUA